AUGGACGAAGUUUGUCAAGCGAUCAGGCAUUUGGAGACCGACGGCCGGCAUGUUCGUACAACAUAUUUUGCACCGCCUGAGAGAGCUCACAACAAGAAAUGGAGAAAAUUCUUCAGUGAGAUGAACAUCAAUUUCCAACCCGUUCCGCGGUCAAAAGAUCCUUCGUGCGAGGCCAAUGACAACGCAAUCACCAAGGCCUUGCUCAGAGCCUCAAGGCUUGAUCUGGAAUGUGUGGGAUUGAUCACCGCCGACUCAGAUUUCAUCGAUACCAUGCUGGAAGUGCAGAGGCUUCAUUGCCAAUUUGGUUUGGAAUGGUCAGUGCACCUCGUGAUUUGGGAGGCGGAUGCCUUGCUCUACGAGGGCUUGUGCCCUUUGAUCCUGGCUGUGAUGCGCCAUGCCACCAGCCGUGCCUGGACCAUACCGGAUGAGACACGCUCAGGCAUCACACGGCAAAUGCGCCGUGGAUGGACGACGAUCUCGGGUGCGUACAACUGGACCUCUGACCUCUUCAAAGAUGAGCAGAGCAGUGAGACUUGGCAAAGUCGCCACACGGCUUUGGCUCGUGAGGGCGAGAGAGCUUACCAGCUCUCUCUCAAGGGUGGUCCUAGGCCACAACGCUUGCCGGAUGGCACGUGGGUUCCGGCGCGCUUCUGGGGCGUCCAUCGUCGAGAGCUACGGGCGUUGUACGUCCAAAGUUCCAACGAUGAGAUGUGGCAGGACACCGACGAUUAUGAUGACUUGGACGUCACCAGCUUUGUCAACCACUUCGUCAGGCCACAGACGGAAGGGACCGAGAUGGGCUACGCGUUGAUGGUGCAUCAAGAUGACCCACAAGAGGUGAACUUGAUGAUCUCCCACGCCUGGGUUGAGAAUGCCAAGAACUUUUUCGAGGACGUUCUGCAAUCCAUGUUUCACAGCGAGGUGGCCUUCAUUUGUUUCCUCUCCAACUUUCAAGGAACCGCUCAGCAGAUUGAUGCGCAGUUGGGCAAUGACAUUUUGCGCAGCCCCUUCACGCAAGUCAUCAAUAGCGCGGCAUGUCAGCGCUUGCUGGUGGUGCCGAAUGAAGAGCUGAGAUCCAAUGGCCAGGGCUUGUACAGCCGGCUUUGGUGCAUUUGGGAGAUCAAGGUGGCGGCGGAUGCUGGACUGCCCAUCAUGAUUCUCCCACAUCGGAGCUCAGGUGAGCACCUGCUGGGCCAGUCGAUCGUGUCCUCUCGCAAUGCGCGUUGUGGCAAUCCCCACCAGCCCAUGAACAAGGAGUCGAAUCGAUCAUCGGCCAUUGCCUUCUUUGGCAUUUGCUUUUGCACCAGCUAUGGUGCUGUCAUCGGUGGAGGCGUGGCACAAGGCCUGAGGGAGGAGGCCCAAGAAACUCACGUUCGGCCCUCCAUUUGGACGGCAGUUCGUCCCAGCCGUGACACGACACGUUUGCCGCCGAAAGACUUGCAGCCUGAGGGAGACGUGGCGAAGCGCGAGGCCACGUGGCGUGCCUGCCGGACGGUGGAGGGUCGCCUCAGAGAUGUCCGUGCGGACCUUGACUCACAGCCGCCCUCCUCCCUGGCGGCCGACGUGGACGUGGCCCUGCGCUUGCUGGCGGACCGGCGGCGCGAAGCCUGUGAAGCUAAGGCCAUGGCCAAAGCUAGAGCUGGCCGACCUGUUAGUCGAGCUGUGCCCCCGGAGUGGGAUCCGGCACUUCGCAUGGAGUUGCGGCACCAAGCCCUGGCGCAGCGACCGCGCCGUGCACGCCUCGCGGCACCCAAACCUCCAGCAGCCGGUCCUCGACGAGGCCGUUCUGCCACAGCAGCCACGGCAGCGGCCAUGAGCCGAGUCCGGCCGCUGCGGCCAGUACCGCGUGUCCAGAGUCGCGAGGUGGAUUUCAAGGGAAAGCUCUAUGCGUUUCUCGUCACAUUAGACGACUGGAAAGCGCCACUGAACGAUGGGAGCUUUUCCCCUCUGCCGGACGAGUUGGCAGAUCAGCAGGACAUCGUCCAGUUCGCUUCGGCCAUUUUUGUGGCCAAUGAGGGCGAGGCCUUUACCGUGAGCAUCAUGCGCUUGGGUCGCCUCGAGGGGGAGGUCCGUUGCAACUACCGCACGGAGGAGUCCUCGGGGAAAGCCGGGCAGCGCUACGAGCACGUGGAGGGGCAGUUGGUGUUUCCCAGUGGAGUCUACGAGCAAAGGAUCGAGAUUCCCAUCUUGGAGUCGCCCUUGUGGAGCGCCACCUUGGAGUUUAAGGUGGUUUUGGAAAGCCCUAUGGGCUGCCAGCUGGGCAGGUACUUGAAGAUAUGUCGAGUCAAGGUCAUUGAUCAAGACUCCUUUCCUUCGAGCUACUAUGCCGAGCAGAUUGCAGAGAACGUCGAAGAUGUCCGGCAAACCGGGCUUUUCAUCGAGUAUGUGAAACAUAUACUGGAGCAACCUGGAAACACCUGGAGGUUUAUGAUCACUUUGCUCUUCGACCAACUCAAAAACCUCUAUGUUUGGUUCACCCUCACCUCCUCAGUGUACAUGGUCAACGUGGUCUUCGACCACGAUGAAGGGCGUCGCUCGGAGCUUUUGAUCCCGGAGGAUCCGGCCAAGACGGCCCAGGUCAUCGGGCUGUUGUACGUGCUCUCACCCUUGCUUCUCCAUGUUUGGAAGGUGGUCAGGGUGAACCUGGACCUCAAUGGCCGCAGCAAAGUCUAUUUGCAGACUUCUGUGAUGCGGAAGUACAUGAACUUCAGCGACGAGUCCCGCGAGGCCGUGACACAGCCAGAGCUGGUGAACAAGGUGAUGAAGAAGACGGAGGACCUGGCAGGGGGCAUUAGCGAAGUCUCAGCUUUGCUGGAAACCUUGGGCAAACUGGUGAUGCUGAACUCUUUCGCAAUCUCCAGCAACCCAGACAUGACCUGGGCAGUCGUCACCAUGCCUGGUGUCAUGCUCUUGUGGUCUGUGAUACGGGACAGCGAACUCAUUUGUGAAGCACCUCCAGAGCCAUCAAAGAAGCUGCUCACGAACUUUGUGGCAGAUGUCAGCAAUAGCUAUCAAAUCAUCGCUCAUUAUUUUCAGCGCCCGACCAUGAACGAGAAGUUCGCCGCGCGUGCGGAGAAGUUCAAGGACGACGAGAUUCCGGAGCGACUCUACAAGAUGAACAGCGAAUUCUUUUUCAGCUGGCUUGGCCCUUUGUUUGUGGGGCUCUACAUGGCUUUUUACUCGCCCUUGGUGCUUUCCAAAGAGCUUCCUUUGGGCACCUUUCUCGCAACCAUCAGUGUUUUCAAAGAAGUCAGUUCCAACUUCGAGGACGGCUACAGCGGACUGAAGAAGGUCAUCUCUUGCUUCGAACCUUUGGUGGACUUGACCGUCUUCCUCAAUCGCAAGACGGAUGUCCCCUUACUGAAGAGUUUCGUGGACUACCGCGUGGAAGAGACGAUCCAACGCCGUCGCCAACUGAUGUCCCUGCCACAAACUAGCCUGGAUGAGGCAGACUUCCGCACCGAUUUGAUCCCCAUCCGCUUGGAGAAUAUCGGCUUGCAGCUGGAUCACUUGGACGAAAACAAUCUCUUCCCUGACGGUCAGCGGCAUCUCUUUCGCGAGAUCAACCUCACCGCAGCGCAGGGCAAGUUGGUGGCCGUCAAAGGCCCCGCCGGCAGUGGAAAGUCCAAGUUGCUCAGAAUGCUCGCUGGCGAUGCAUCCCCCAGCUGUGGCACUGUCCUGAUCCCUUCUCACUUGCGAUUUGUCUUCGUGACUCAUCAAGUCUUCAUCAUGGACACCACCCCGCUGCAGAAUCUCUUCUUUGGUGACCCGGACCAAGUGGCCAGCGCGGAGGAGAGGCACCGCAUGCUUUGGAUCCUGGACAAGCUCCAGAUGCACACCACUCGGCAGCUGGCGGAGUUGGAGAUCUCCAUGCUUCAGGAGCCUGAAGAGCUGGAGGAGGAGAAUGGACCUUGUGGGUGUUGUUAUGACAUCGAAGAGGCACCGGAUCCUUCCGAGCGCUUUAUGCGACCGCCCGAUGGCUCCAAGCUGGCUCGGCAAGUGCAGAAGAGACUGGCGGGGUGGCACAACUCCUUAAGCUUUCAAGAGAAAGCCAAGCUUCACAUGGCACGUGCCUUGAUUAUGAACCCCGAGAUUCUAAUACUGGAGAAGCCAUUGAUGAAUGUGGAUGAACGGGAAUCUGAAAAUGUCAUGGCAGUGCUCCGCGAGUAUGUGUCCAACCGUGGCGUCGCGAUGCCAGCAGAGGAGCGCGACGGUCGGAGGCCGAGGACUUGCUUUUUGAGCGUCGAGCGCUCCACGGAAAUUCUGGUGGAUGCAAUUUGGGAGUUUAAAAAUGGCCGCUGCCAAGAGGCUCCAGCGCAGCCCAAGAAGGGCGGUGCCAAGGCGGAGGCGAAGGCAUGGUCCACGAGCCGUCCACGAACAGUGACGCUGAAUGUGGCGAGCUGA